UUCUUUCUUGCUUUCUUUCUUGCUUUCUUUCAUUCAUUCAUUCAUUCAUUCAUUCAGCAACAACAAAUCUAAUUUUCUUCCCAUUCCCAGUGAGCAUGCCAUCCAAAUUACCUCAAGGCUGUUAUUUUAAGCAACAACUAAUACACUGGUGAUGAUAACUGUAGAGUUGAUUAAUUGAUCAUUUAAAAAAUCUCACUGGGAAUUAUUAACUUGGAAUUGCCUGUUGUAGCUCAGACACAUUGUAACUAUUUAAUUGAGAUGAUAGCCUUUUUAUGAGCAGCCAAUGGAAAAUCAUUCAUUGGCAAUAAACUGGCUAAUUUAAACAAAUUGUUUCAUCAGCAUUUCAUUUUGACGGUUUAAUUUGGCCUUCUAAAUGAGAAUGUUGUGACUUUAUAAAACAUUGGCAUUGCAUCAAGUAUGACAUUAUAUAGAUAACAAAAUGAUGUUGCAGUGUUUAAAAAGAUGCAAAGGUCAAGUGGGUGUAAUUAUUGUUGGAACUUUGGACUGUUUUGUACUGGGGCUGACGUGAAGGCACAUUUUCUCUUGCACUUUCAAGACUCCACACAAACAGGAAGCACACCAUGUUCAGGAUUACUCUUUUUGUCACCCUGAUAUUUGGCAUUGCAGCCAAGCCAUAUAAGCCAUGGAAUAAAUUUAGCAACAAAGCCUUCCAGGACACCAUGUCAGAAUAUGGAAAAUUGCCUUUAGAUGUGGAAGUGGAGCCUCCAGAGGACAUGGAUGAAACUGACUAUGAUAUUGACCCGAAAAUGAAGAUCUGGAAUAAUGUGGACGCCACAGGGACAGAAAAACAGCUUGCUGUGGCAGAAGUGGAUUUAGAUGAUGUUCAUCAUCCUUCUUUGAAGACAUUUCCAGCUGAAUAUGAAGAGGUUUUCAGUGAAGAGUCUGAGCAGGACCGAGAUGCCGUCUACCAUGAAGCCAGAGCGCAACUAGAUGAAUAUCUUGCCCCGCUCACUGCUGAAUACAGAAUGGCCCGACUUGAACAACCCCAACCAGACAUGACUGAAGCACUUGAUCGAGUGAGACGUCAUCUGGAGCCCGAGGUGGACGUGGAUGACUUGUACCAUUCUGACCUGCAAAACUGGAUGUCAAGUUACCUUGACAAUGACAACGCUGCUGCUCCUCUAGAUUGGCAGUUGGAAAGAAAUUACGACCAACCAGAGGAAGAUCUCGAUCAUCUCUACCACCUUUGACAUGUGGAAAUGCAUGCUUUGAUGUCCAGCACGGAAUAUCUUUUAAUUCUGAAGAUGUAUGGUGUAAGUUGUUCGAAGGAGCAACAGAGUUAUAAUAAUAAAAUUUGUACCGGCUUUGUGCUAUGUUUGUAAAUUGAGGACGACUUGUGAUUGUUUUGACUGAAAAUUGUAUUAUGAUUAAGCUUCAAAAAAAUAUUCUUUAGGGUUUAAUCAACAUGUCUUAAAUUCACAGGUAAACGGAAUAAUCAAAAUAUAUGCAACUUAAUCUAUGAUUGGGAGGAAAAGAUUAUUUGUGUCAUGAUUGGUAUGUUAUGAAUCCCAUGACCACAGUUGCUGCUGCUUGUUGUUGUUGCCCCCCAGGGCAUAACUCGAAGCAGAGACGAGUGGCAAUAUUCCGACAGUCGCUGCAGCCAAGAAUGUGAGAUACUGAAAAUAAAUGUCAAUUAAAUGACCUCCACAUCC